CACCACCGAGAGGCUGGGGAAGGUAGAGCGGCACCAGAGGGGCGGGCGCCUUUAGGCGCGGGAGUGGCGGGCUCAAGUGGGCAUUGUUAACGGUCGCCCGCCCGCCGGUCAGCCUGCCUACGGCCACGUUCCGCCGGCGUCUGUGCUCGGCACCCAUCAGAAGCAAGAAGACCAUGGUUCUGGCUGCUUGAUGCAUCUUCAUAAGCAGGAUGUGGUGAGCUGGCCCUGACUGUGAAGCCCCAGAAAAGGAGCCAGGCAGCCACUGUCUGAAAACCCUCAGGGGGUUCCCUGCUUCCUAAGAGCAGCAAUGGAAAAGCCUGCAACCAGAAAAAAGAAGAGCCAGGCCCCAAAGGAGGAGGCAGCUGCGCAAAAGACCACUGUCAAAGGAGAGAAACCAUCAAAGGGGAAAAAGCCAACCAAGAAGCCAAGAAAGCCCCGCAAACCCCGAAAAGAGCCUGUCCUGAGUCCCGAAGACGAAGCACAUAUCUUUGAUGCCUUCGACGCCUCGUUCAAAGAUGACUUUGAGGGUGUCCCCGUGUUCGUUCCUUUUCAGAGGAAGAAACCCUAUGAGUGCGGUGAAUGCGGACGGAUCUUUAAACACAAGACAGAUCACAUUCGCCACCAGAGAGUUCACACUGGAGAGAAGCCCUUUAAGUGUGACCAGUGUGGGAAGACCUUCAGGCACAGCUCAGAUGUCACCAAACAUCAGAGAAUUCACACUGGGGAGAAGCCCUUUAAAUGUGGGGAGUGUGGAAAAGCCUUCAAUUGUGGCUCCAACCUUCUGAAACACCAGAAAACGCACACUGGGGAGAAACCUUAUGGCUGUGAGGAGUGUGGAAAAUCCUUCGCCUACAGCUCCUGCCUCAUCCGGCAUCGGAAGCGGCAUCCGAGGAAGAAGCACUGAGCAGGGCAGCCUGCAGCCACGGAUCCUUGUCAAACACCUGAUGAUGGUCCAGAGUUCUCAUGCAGUGUGCUCAUGGUCACCCGUCUCUGUCACUGAAAGGAAAAUCUACCCGUCAGACAUGAGAGCCCACAGAGGCUUUCCGCCCUUCCAGUCUACACUUGGUGGUAACACGGUGCUCCUCGGAGCUUCCUGGAGCUCCAGCCAUUUUCCAGACUACUUUCUGCUACUCAGGGCCAUCUUUGGAACAGCUUUGGGUCGCUGAAAACUUUAGUGCUAAAGAGACACCCCUGCUGGCAAGGGUCCCUGCCUUCCUUUGCUGCCUCUGUCUACACCAACCACUGUCGUCUCUUCUUUGGAAGGCUUCUGGCUCUGCAGGCCCAGCCCCAUGCAGUCUGCCAGGGGCAAGGAACCCCGAGGUGGACGACAGGCAGCACUCUGACCAACUCUGAGGACAGCACCAAGUCCUGCUCAUCUCUGUGCAGCUGACUUCAGUGAUCCUAAAGUUUCUCUCUUCUGGCUGAAACAACAGUCUUUGGGCUCAACCCCUGGGCCUAGAACUGGGUUGUGCUGCGUCCCCUUGUCCCAGCCACAUCUUAGACAAGUAGCCUGGGUUCGCCCAGAGUCUCGGCAGACCCUUGCACCUUGGCAUAGUGGCAGGUUUCUUAGACUAGGUCUCGUAGCUCCAGGGUGCCAUCAGCAGCUUCUCUCCACUGUACCUUGAAAAACAGCUGUGGCCCCGCCCCACAGCAGCCUGCCGUUCAGGUCAAUUCCAAUUCCUGCUGGUCAGCAGGGCAAGACCACGUGACUGCCAUCUGUCCCACGUGCUCUGUGAGGCCUGUGUUCUAAAGAUAGCGAGUGACUGCUGACCAGGAGGGCUGCUAGAGCAGAUUUUUCCAGUAAGAAGCUCAGAGAACUCUAGUCAGUGUCUACCUCUACCACAGAGCGCAGCAGAGACCCACUGGGUCAUGCUCCAGGGAGACUGUCAUCGUAGACCCAUUGGCAACAGGAAAGCUGUAGGUGGGUGAGCUCGGGGAGGCCUUUUGGACGACAGGUUGCUUUCACUUGUUUCCCACCUUGAAGUUUAAGAUGGCCACGUGACAGCAUUCCUGAGCAACCAUGAGUUCAGGCUCACUGAAGCCUACUGAAGGGUUCCCAGCACCAGCUCUCUACUUCAGUGAAAGACAUUGUGAACAGCCACUGGGGAACAAACGAAAUGUUCAAAGCCUUCUAGAUGUCUUAAGAUGUGUCCUGGGGCAACUAAGAACAUGCCAGCAAAGUACUGGGAUUCUAAUUACAGAAACAUACUCAACUGCAGCCAGAGAUGUCUUAGAAGUCCAAGGCAGUCCUUUUGUUAGCACCUCAGCUGCCGUGUCCACUGGGCCUUGUCCUGCAGAAAGAGCUCUGACCAGCACAGCUGCUGCUGAGCCUCACUUAGGACAGCGCCUGGCCAGGGCCUGACGAGCAAGGGAACGAGAGCUCUGAGCCACACUAAUGUCCUUCCAUUCCGUCAGCCUCCUCCCAGCCAAGAGAGAAGGCAGAAGCCACCUCACGGAGAGUCAGAAGUAGCUCUGGCCUGGGGCCAGGACUCUUCUAUUUGAGGAGACCAGUGGAUUAGACUUGACUAGCUGCCUCUUCCUGUUUCUGGAAGUCUGUAGCUCCAGAGCACAUGGGCUCCUUUCCUCCUGACCUUGGAUCUGUCAUCAAGACAAUGAUUUCCUGUGCCGGUGAGUUGGGACAUCAAGAUGCCCUGAAGAGGAAGGCAGAACUGGGGCCCUGGGAAGAAAGGCUGUGUACCCUGACUUAAGGGACAGAUGCUCUGUGGCAUCUCGGAAGACUCAGGGGAAUGGGGUCACCACUGGUGUGGACCCCAGGUACAGUUCAGACAAGGAGACUGGCCUGUGUGCCACAUUUACCUUUAGGCCAGGCAAUGGUGCGCACCUUCAGCCUACCCUUUCCAGGGCCUAGUGCCUGUGGAGUUGGGUGUUUGCUUUCUCCUUGUUCCUUCUCAAGGAAGACAAGUGGAUUGACUCAAAUCCUGUAGGACUUUCAUGUGGCGGCCGCCAGACAACACCUAGGUGAGGCUGUUUCCCUGCUUGUGGGCCUGCAGCCGUUUGGCUAUGGACCUGCAGAGGAUUCCUAGCACCUGCAUACUGGUAGCACCCAGCUGGCCUGUUGAGAUCUCACCUCGGCCACACUUGAUCUGGUGGCUGGUGCAGACACCCGUGUGUCCUAAUGCCCCGUCUGUACACUGCAGUGAGUGGUGCAUUCCUCUUAAACAGCCGCAGCCAUGGCCUGUUGUGUUGUAGCAGACGCUGUCCCCAGUCUGGUGUUUCUGUUUGACAUUUGUUAAUGCUUACGUCCAUGUAAUACCCUUGGUGCUGUGUCAGUGUUGUGCACAUUGGACUAGACAUUCUGCUUUGUUGUGCACUGGUGGCUUCCUUCCUAUGUGACUCUUCUGCUCCAUGGACAGCGGCACUGAUGCUCCACAUUGCCUUCCAGUUGCUGCCAUGGUUCUGUGAGCAGAUGCUGUUGGUGCUGCUCCCGGACAUCUAUUUUCUCAUAAAAGUAAACGUGUUUCCAACUUGCUUACUGUGCUCUGUUGGGUUCCCUACAGUGUGGACAAAUGUCCUCAAGGAAGCCACCAGCUUUCUCCACUGGAGACAGCUGCAAGACCAGGGUCCCAGCUGGUCCCUGCUUCUUGGGAAUGUCUAGGAUCCUUCCAGUGACCAAGCUCAUGAGAGUAUAACGUGUAAUUCAGAAAAGUCACCACUGCUGUGCCAUGGGGUGAGGGUGAUAGUUGUACAAAAGAAAGACAUCAUCCUGCCUUUCUGACUGCAGAUAAUGGGAUGCCAGGUUACGGUUUAGUAGUUGUUCUCUGUACCUGUAGUGGGGACCCUGAGAGAAACCUGGGAAGUGUCUGUUCAUUCUUCAUUUAGGGCAGUUGUGAAUGCCAAGAAGGGGUGAUCCUGCAAGGGACACCUAACAGUACCCGGGGACGGUUUUGUUUGGAGGAUCUGGUGAGAAGAGGUAAGGAUUUAGCUAAACCUCACAACCCCAGCCCAGCAACAGGAGCACUUGUGCCAUGUUAGUCAGGCAGCCAGGGACUGAGUUAGGCUUGCAGGCAGCAGCCCCCCGCCUUUCCUGACCCAUUCUCCCACAGCCUGGAGACUAACCUUAAAAUGAAGUAAAAGUGUCACUUGAGCCUGGGAGUCCUAGAGUAGCUAGGAUAAAAAUAGUGAGCCCCCAUCUCAAAAAUGGGGUGCAAGGGGUGGAGCUGGAGGUGUAACUGAGUGACAAAACACACUCUUGGCACACUUGAGACCCUUUGUUCCAGGUGCCAUCCACAGCAUUGUCCAAAAAAAAAAAAAAAAAAAAAGGCAUCUGGAGAGAUGGCUCAGUGAUUAAAAGCACCGGUUGCUCUUCCAGAAGACACACGAUUGACCUCCGCACCCACGACAUGGCAGCUCACAACCAUCUGUAACCCCAAUUCCAGGGAAUCUGUCUCCUUUUCCUGCUCUCCACAAGCCCAGGCUUGUAAGUAGUACACAGACAUACAAACAGGCGAGACGUAUAAAGUGGAUUCCUCCCUUUGAGAGGUGAGAUCUGGGACACUUGGAAUGACAUCCACGUGCUGGAGAGUGGCGGGAGGUAGGGCUGUCCUGUCUGCCCUUGCACAUUGUCCUCCAUCCUCCCCUUGCUGACCACGUCUCACCCUGCCUGCUCUGCUCCACUUCCCACACCUCAAGACCUCUGCACACACUAGUUCUUUUGAAUAUUACCUCCCAGUCACCUCUCCUCCUCCGCUAGCACCUCCUUAGGUUAUCUUGGAUGUCAAGCUUCAACGCUCCAGGCUAUUGCCUGCGAGGCUUCCACCAGAGAAGACCACUGGGACAUGGUAUAAGCCAAUAGAAAGUCUUUAUUAGCCAGCCAGCAACUAUACUAUGUGUCUAGGAUCUCACUGUAGCCUCAAGCCUUUCUCAGGGUGAGCUGUUAAGCACAGAAACCAUAUCUUAGAUUGACAUACCUCAGUUAACAAGAACAGUUAGCCAGAAGUAGAACUACCGAAGCCAAAAAGCAAGGUUAGUAUGUUUAGACACUCCCAGAACUAUGGACCUUGCUGUCCUAGGUCUUUGGGGGUUUUUUGUUGUUAGGGGUGGGGGUGUUGCUUGUUUGUUUUGUUUUGUUUGUCCAGGGGUGAUGUCUAUGUGCUGAAUUUGAUGACCUGAAUGGUACUUUCAUUAUGAAGUCAGUAUAGAUAGUGCUAAGAACCAUUAGUUUUACCAAAUUGUUACAUAAUUGGCCAUAUAGUUUAAGAUGCAGGGCCCCACUAUUAAUACAAUUAGAAUAAGCAAAGCCCAAGCAGUGCUGAUAGUGCGAGGGCUGAAGAAACUCCUUUUUAUGCUAGGUAUCUAUCUUGGUAUUCAAUAGUCAUUUGUCUCUAACUCCAGUCCCUGGAAUAUACAUUCCCAAUAACCCUGACUCAGUCAUUCCCACCCAGAACUGUACAACCAUGGCCAUCUACCUGUUAUGACAUGACUGCCUGCUUUGUUGGCUUCUGUAACCUGCUUAUGCAACCAUUCAAGCCUGUUUCGAGGUCACCCCGACUCCCUAACCUUGGCAAAGCAGCCCAGCUCCUAGCCUGCUUGUGCAGACACUCAAUGUGGGUUUUGCCAUUACAAAUCCUUCCCUCACCCCUCGCACAGCAGUCUCUAGUUUGUCUCAAAGACUGGUGUUCUUGUGGUUUCAAUAAAUUUAACUAAUUAUAAUCUG